GACUUAACCAAGUACUUGGACCCUGGUGGGCUCGGGGUGAUCAGCUUUGAAGACUUCUACAGAGGGAUUUUGGCCAUCAGAAACGGAGAUUCUGAGGGCCUCCUGUAUGGCGUCGCCCCUGCCCAGGAUGAGGAAAGCUCAGCCUGCCCUGACGACUUUGACGAUUUUGUCACCUAUGAGGCAAGUGAGGUGACAGACAGCGCAUACAUGGGCUCCGAGAGCACCUACAGUGAGUGUGAGACCUUCACGGAUGAAGACACGAGCACCCUGGUGCACCCUGAGCUGCAGCACGAGGCUGACGCCGAUAGUGCGGGUGGCUCAGCCGUGCCCUCUGAGUGCCUGGAUGCCAUGGAGGAGCCCGACCCUGGCACCCUGCUGCUGCUGCCUGGCAGACCCCACGCACACAGCCCACCUGUCGUCACAGUGACUGGCGGUGAAGAGUACUUCGAGGACUAUGGCGAGGGCGGCGAGGGCGGGUUGUCCCUGGAGGUGCUGUACGAUGGGGAGGACAGCUGUGGUGGCCCCACCCUGCUCACCCCCAGCUCCGACCCACUUGGCGCCAAACUGCACAGCAUUCUCACUGACGAGGCAUUUGAGUUUUACUGUAGCCAGUGCCACAAACAGAUCAACCGCCUUGAGGACCUCUCUGCCCGCCUGAAUGACCUUGAGAUGAAUAGCCCGACAAAGCAGCUUUCCAGCAAGAGGGUUGCAAGGCACCUGCACCAGUCGGGGGUCCUGACUAUGGAGGCUCUGGAGGACUCACCUCAUGAUCCCAUGGAGGGCACUGAGGAGGCCAUCGCUGACAAGGUCAUCUUCCUGGAGAAGCGGGUAUUGGAGCUAGAGAAGGACAGUGUGGCCAAUGGGGAGCAGCACAGCCGUCUGCGGCAGGAGAACUUGCAGCUUGUGCACAGAGCCAAUGCCUUGGAGGAGCAGCUGAAGGAGCAGGAGCUGCGGGCCUGUGAGCUGGUCCUGGAGGAGGCCCGGAAGCAGAGGGAGGUGCUUUGCAGGAUGGAGCGGGAGAAGAGCAUUGAGAUGGAGAACCUGCAGGCCAGGCUGCAGCAGCUGGAUGAGGAGAAUGGGGAGCUGCGGUCCUGUGCACCCUGCCUGAAGGCCAGCAUCGAGCGGCUGGAGGAGGAGAAGCAGAAACUGCUGGGCGAAAUCGAGGACCUGACAGUGCGGCUCAGUGAGGAGCAAGAGGGCCGGCGCAGGAUGGGCGACCGUCUGAGCCACGAGCGCCAUCAGUUCCAGAGGGACAAGGAAUCCACGCAGGAGCUGAUUGAGGACCUCCGGAAGCAACUGGAGCACCUGCAGCUGUUCAAGCUGGAGGCGGAGCAGCGCCGGGGCCGGAGCAGCAGCAUGGGCCUGCAGGAGUACCACAGCCGCACCCGGGAGAGCGAGUUGGAGCAGGAGGUCCGCAGGCUGAAGCAGGACAACCGGAGCCUCAAGGAGCAGAAUGACGAGCUCAACGGGCAGAUCAUCAAUCUGAGCAUCCAGGGCGCCAAGAACCUCUUCUCCACAUCCUUUUCUGAGUCCCUGGCCGCGGAGAUCAGCUCAGUCUCCCGUGAUGAGCUCAUGGAGGCAAUACAGAAGCAGGAGGAGAUCAACUUCCGCCUGCAGGACUACAUCGACCGCAUCAUCGUGGCCAUCAUGGAGACCAACCCGUCCAUUCUGGAGGUGAAGUAG